GUGUGUGUGUGUGUGUGUGUGUACCGAACGAGGCGGCCUCCUGCCCCAGAUCGCUGCAUUUUGGGUGCGUGCUAGUUUGCGAGAAGUUAGGGAGGAUUGUGUGUGAAAAGUGGACGGUGUAAUGUUGCUACCUGGGGUUUCUUCUGCCUUUGUCUAUUUCGAGAUCAGGUGUGAGUCGUAUUUGAGGCUGUAGGUGAUGAUGGAGAAGCGAAAGUGAUUUGCAAUAUGAUUUUGAGACUUUGCCUGGAAUUAUGUAAUGAAUGUGCUGCCCUAGGUUGUGAUAUAUGGGGGCUAUGGGAUGCUGGUUUGCUGAGGACUCUUCCCUUUCCAAAAGAAGAGCUCAAAAGAGAAGGUUCAUCUCUUGCAAAUCUCACAGCUAUGCCUCAGGGAACAGUGUCAUUCAAGGAUGUGACUGUGGACUUCACCCAGGAGGAGUGGCAGCAACUGGACACUGAUCAGAAGGCCCUCUACAGGGAUGUCAUGUUGGAAAACUAUUACCACCUUAUCUCUGUGGGGUUUCACAUGACUAAACCUGAUAUGAUCCGAAAGUUGGAAGAAGGAAAAGAACUAUGGACAACAGAGAGAAUUUUUUCAAGUCAGAGUUAUUUAGAAGAAGAUGGGAAAGCUGAAGAUGUUUUAAUGAAGUUUAAACAAUACCAAGAUAGGCAUUUUAGAUCAGUUGUAUUCAUCAACCAUGAAAGACUAAUUAAGGAAAAAAAUAAUAUUUUGGGGAAGACACUUACUGUAGGCAAGAACUGUAUUAUUUCAAAAACAAAACUACAUGAAUAUAAACCUGAUGGAAAGGUUUUGAAAAAUAUUUCAGAAUUAGUCAUUAGAAAUAUAAGCCCUGUAAGAGAGAAGUUUGGUGAGGGUAAUGGAUGGGAGAAAUCACUUCUCAAUACAAAGCAUGAGAAAAUUCAUACUGCAGAAAAUCUCUAUAAACAAACAGAAAGCAGUCUGAGUAAUAAACAAGAGCUUAUUAAACAUCAGAAGAUUCAAACUCCAGAGCAAUCAUUUGAACAUAAUGAAUGUGAAAAUUCCUUCCUUGUGAAAGAAAUGUUAUUUACACAUACUAGAACUCAUAGAGGAGAAAGACUCUUUGAAUACAAUAAAGAUGGAACGCCUUUCAUUGAAAAGUCAAAUUCCAGUGUCCAUCCACAAAAUCUUAUGGAGAAGAAGUCCCAUGCAUAUAGCAAAUAUGGGAAUUUCCUCUGCAGGAAGUCCAUUUUUAUUAUACAUCAGAGAUCUGAAACAGAAGAGAAACCCUUUCAUUGUUCUUAUUGUGGGAAUAGCUUUAGAAGGAAGUCAUAUCUCGUUGAGCAUCAGCGAAUUCACACAGGUGAGAAACCUUAUGUUUGUAGUCAAUGUGGAAAAGCCUUCCGUCAAAAGACAGCCCUCACUCUUCAUGAGAAAACACAUGUAGAGGGGAAACCCUACAUUUGUAUGGAUUGUGGGAAAUCCUUCCGCCAGAAGGCAACCCUCACCAGGCAUCACAAAAUACAUACAGGGGAGAAAGCCUAUGAUUGUACUCAGUGUGGAAGUGCUUUUAGAAAGAAGUCAUACCUCAUUGAUCAUCAGAGAACUCACACAGGAGAGAAACCAUAUCAAUGUAAUGAAUGUGGGAAGGCAUUUAUCCAGAAGACAACCCUCACUGUACACCAAAGAACUCACACAGGAGAGAAACCCUAUAUUUGUAAUGAAUGUGGAAAGUCCUUCUGCCAAAAGACAACCCUCACUCUCCAUCAAAGAAUUCAUACAGGGGAGAAACCCUAUAGUUGUAAUGAAUGUGGGAAGUCCUUUCGCCAGAAGGCAAUCCUCACUGUUCAUCAGAGAAUACAUACAGGAGAGAAAUCCAAUCAAUGUCCUCAGUGUGGGAAAGCCUUUAGUAGGAAGUCAAACCUCAUUCGCCAUCAGAAAACUCACAUAGGAGAGAAACUGUAUGAAUGUAAAGAAUGUGGUAAGUUCUUCAGUUGUAAGUCAAAUCUCAUUGUCCAUCAGAAAACUCACAAGGUAGAAACCAUUGGAAUAUAGUAAAGGAUGUGACUCUUUUUUUAGUAAAAAACUUUUAAAGUCAUAGUAAACCCAGUAUAUGAUGUUGCUUGCAAGUGUAAUAAUAGUCAACAGUUUAAGAUACUAUAUCACAUAUUUACUUACUGUUUGCUAGCCUAUAAAACAUACACACAAAAUAAUUACUAGACAAAUUAAAUGACAAAAGUCAUUGAAAAUACAAUCCCCAGUUUUCUAUUGUUACAUUCAUCAGAUAUAAAAUUUCUCUGUCAAGUUGCUACACAUAUUUAAAAUUACUUAUUUUUAAUUUCAAUACCUACCUUGUUGUGAACCAGUAAUAUACAGUUGGUAUGUGAACCACACUGUGAACAAAAGACUUAAAAAGAAAGGAGGUGUGAAUUGUAUUUCUCAUUGCAAAUAUGGAAUAAAAACUGUUACCUCCUCAGAGUUAACCAAAGUUCUAACUUCUAACAUUAUAGUUUUUACUUAUUGUUAACUUUUAUAUAAAUUGGAUUAUAUAUCAUGUAUUUUUUCA